AAAUCUGUUAGAAUCUAUCAUGUCUUUAUUGAAAGUAGAUUUGCCGCUGGCUAAGGAAAGAGAAGCAGGCGACAAUGUGCAUGUGAUAAGAACGUGAAACAUCGAAGAAAAAAAUAACUUUUGAAUUGCUUAAUCGAUAAUAUUCUUUAACGACGACAUUAAUUUGUAUAAUUAAUAAUCAUUAAAAUUUACAAUGUUGACAGGAGUGAUUGACGGUACACAAUUGUGUUGCGAGGAUAACAAUUCUACUAUCGGACAUAUCGAAGACGACGUUAUACGAAGCCGUGCAACGUCCUUAAUAUGGACUUCUUACGGUAUUAUAGUUCCAAUUAUAUUGACCAUUGGCAUUUUCGGAAAUGUGAUAAUCCUUAUCGUGCUGUCCGCCCCGGUGUUUCGCGGAAUCGCAUACUUGUACCUCAGCGGACUCGCUCUGGCUCACAUCGGUGUUACAUUAUCCUGGAUAACGAUCACGCUAAGAUUGGGCUAUGGUAUGAGUAAUAAUUAUCUGUCAGCUUUUUACCAUGCUCAUCUCGAGCUCGUUAUUCUCAACGCAUUUUCGGCAGCCAGUGUUUUCAUUAUGGUUUGCUUAAUCGUGGAUCGAUACAUUUUUGUAUUCUUCCCGGCACGCAUCCGCACCGGAAACACGCGCAAGAAUGUCAACACCUUCAUACUCUCUUCGUUUAUCGCCGGUUUCGUGAUAAGUAGUCCGUUAUCGAUUAUGAGAAUUGUUUAUGCGGAGCAGGAUAGACCUUCUUUCACAUUACGUGAAAAUAUGUUUGUUACUCAAGGCAAGAUGUGGAAAAUGUAUAUUUGGACAAUGGAAGUUGUAGUGCGAUUUUGCCCGUCGAUUCUGUUUAUCGUACUCAACAGUUUAGUCAUGAAGAGAUUUCUGCAGCUAAAUGCGCAAGAUCGGCAAUUUCACGCUGCCACGGACAAGAUACGUGCCAAUAAUGCACCUGACAUGUCGUUAUUGUCUCGCAAUCGAGGAUAUAAAGAGGAGCAACAUUUGGCGAUACUAACGACAACAAUGAUUUUAUGCUUCUUUGCCACGAUAAUUCCAUCAGUUCUCACACCGAUGUUGUAUACCAAUCAUCAUCCGCUCGAUCUCUCUUAUCAGACUUUUCGAGUGUGCUCAGCGAUUGUGGAACUCAGCAAUUACGCUAUUUAUAUUCUUAUAUAUCUCAUUUGCAGUACGGAAUUUCGAAGAGAGUUACUGCGAAUUCUACAAGGAAGAUGUAAUGAAAAUGCUGGGCAAGAUAUUGAUCAACCGAUAGGCGAGAUCGAAGACUACAGUCGACACGGCACUACCGUUCGAUUAACACCAGAACAUACCAAAUUGAACUCCCCUGAGUCCCCGACUAAAGAAGCUAAAAUGGAGGAAGAAGAACAACCGUCAGACGCUACUGCUUUUAUGUUAGAGGGUCGCGUUAUUGCAUAAUUAAUUAUAAAUUAAAAUUAAUAAU